AUGGAGCUGCUUAAGAGUUCAGUUUCCAUUCUGGUCCUUUAUUUUCUGAGAGGAGUCCUAAGUAAUUCACUCAUUGAGUUGAAUAACAAUGGCUAUGAAGGCAUUGUUAUUGCUAUUGACUCUAAUGUGCCAGAAGAUGAAACACUCAUUCAACAAAUAAAGGAUAUGGUGAAUGAGGCCUCUCCAUAUCUGUUUGAAGCUACAGAAAAAAGAUUUUAUUUCAAAAAUGUUGCCAUUUUGAUUCCUGAAAAAUGGAAGACAAAACCCGAGUAUAAGAGACCCAAACUUGAAACCUACAAAAAUGCUGACAUUCUUGUCACUGAACCUAAUACUCCAGGUAAUGAUGAACCCUACACCGAGCAGAUGGGAAACUGUGGAGAGAAGGGCGAGCGGAUUUAUUUCACCCCUGACUUUAUAGCAGGGAAAAAGUUGGCUGAACAUGGACCACAAGGAAGAGCAUUUGUCCAUGAAUGGGCUCAUCUGCGAUGGGGAGUAUUCAAUGAGUACAAUGAUAACCAGAGAUUCUACUCAUCUAAAGGAAAAAUAAAACCAGUAACAUGUCCAUCAACUAUUACUGGUGAAAAUAAGGAAAAAAAAUGCUCAGGAGGCAGCUGUUUUGACAGACCAUGCAGACCCGACAGAGUCACGGGAUUGUACACUAAGGACUGCCGUUUCCUGCCCCACGCUGUCCAGAGAGAUAAGACUUCCAUAAUGUAUUUACAAAGCCUGAUGUCUGUGGUGGCAUUUUGUACAGAAAAAAACCACAAUAAAGAAGCCCCAAACCAGCAAAACCAAAAGUGCAAUCUCCGAAGCACGUGGGAAGUGAUUCGUGAUUCUGAGGACUUUAAGAAAACCACUCCUAUGACAACACAGCCCCCUAAGCCCACCUUCUCACUGCUGCAGAUUGGGCAAAGAAUUGUGUGCUUGGUUCUUGAUAAGUCUGGAAGCAUGAGCAUUGAUAACCGCCUUAACCGACUGUCUCAAGCAGGCAAACUUUUCCUGCUGCAGACAAUUGAGCAAGGAUCCUGGGCUGGAAUGGUGGCAUUUGACAGUGCUGCCUCUGUGAGAAGUGAGCUCAUACAGAUCAACAGUGGCACUGAGAGAGACAAACUAAUUAAAAGCUUGCCCACUUCAGCUUCAGGAGGAACAUCCAUCUGCAGUGGACUUCGAUUAGCAUUUACUGUGAUUAAGAAGAAAUUCCCAAUAGAUGGGGCUGAAAUAGUGCUACUGACUGAUGGAGAGGACAGCACUAUAAGUGGAUGCUUCGGGGAAGUGAAAAAUAGUGGAGCCAUUAUCCACACUGUUGCCUUGGGGCCCUCUGCAGCCAAAGAACUAGAGGAGCUGUCUAAAAUGACAGGUGGUAUACAGACAUAUGCUUCAGAUCAGGCUCAGAACAAUGGUCUUAUUGAUGCUUUUGGCACCUUUACUUCAGGAAAUGGAGCUGUUUCCCAACGUUCCAUUCAGCUUGAGAGUAAGGGACUGACCCUCCAGAACAGUCAGUGGAUGAAUGGCACAGUAACUAUGGACAGCACUGUAGGAAAGGACACACUCUUUCUUGUCACCUGGACAUCAGGGACUCCCAACAUCUUUCUCUGGGAUCCCAGUGGAAAGAAACAAGAAGGCUUUGUAGUGGAUACACAAACAAAAAUGGCUUACCUUCAGAUCCCAGAUAAUGCCAAGGUUGGCAUUUGGAAUUACAGCCUGCAAGCAAGCUCACAAACCCUGACUUUGACUGUUACCUCCCGUGCAUCGAAUGCUUCUUUGCCUCCCAUAACAGUCACCUCUAAAAUGAACAAAGACACGGGCAAAUUCCCUAGCCCUAUGAUAGUCUAUGCAAAGAUUCACCAAGGAGCUAAGCCAAUUCUCAGGGCCAAUGUCACAGCCCUGAUAGAAUCAGCAAGUGGCAAAACAGUUACCUUGGAAUUAUUGGACAAUGGAGCAGGUGCUGAUGCUACCAAAAAUGAUGGCAUAUAUUCAAGGUAUUUUACAACUUAUAGUGAAAAUGGUAGGUACAGUGUAAAGAUACGAGCUUUGGGAGGAAAAAAUACAGCCAGACAAAAGGUGAUGCCCCAGCAGAACGGAGCCAUGUAUAUUCCCGGCUGGAUUGAGAAUGGGGAAGUGAAAUGGAAUCCGCCAAGACCGGAAAUUAAUACAGAUCUUCAAGGCAAACAAGUGUGUUUCAGCAGGACAUCCUCAGGAGGCUCAUUUGUGGCUUCUGAUGUCCCAAAGAAUCCCAUACCUGAUCUCUUCCCACCUUGUCAAAUCACCGACCUGAAGGCCAAAAUCCAAGGGGACAAUAUUAAUCUGACCUGGACAGCUCCGGGGGAUGACUACGACUAUGGAAGAGCUUACAAGUAUAUCAUUGGAAUAAGUACAAAUAUCCUUGACCUCAGAGACAAGUUCAAUGAAUCACUUCAAGUGAACACUACAGAUCUCAUCCCUCAGGAAGCCAACUCCAAGGAAGUUUUUGUGUUUAAACCAGAAAACAUCGUUUUUGAAAAUGGCACCAAUAUUUUCAUUGCAAUUCAGGCUGUUGAUAAGGCUAAACUUAAGUCAGAAAUAUCCAACAUUGCACAAGUUUCUGUAUAUAUUCCCCCUGAGGUUCCUCCAGAGACAUCUAUUCCUCUUCCUUGCCCUGAUGUUCAUGUUAAUAGCACCAUUCCUGGCAUUCAUAUUUUAAAAGUGAUGUGGAAAUGGUUAGGAGAAUUACAGCUGUCAGUGGAUUUGCACUGA